CUGAGAGGAGUGGUGAGUAGUAGAUAUUUACCAGUACAGAGGAUUGGAUUUUUAGCAUUUAUACCAAUGGUUAUCAACUGUACUGCAGGGAUGGAACAUAAGUCGCAGAAAAUUAAGGUUGUGGUGACAGCUGCAGAGAGGUAUUUGGGUGUACAAGACUUUAAGUCAGAAAAGUUACAGGGUGUGUUGACUGGUGGUGUCCCCUCCUUUCAGGCUGUUGGCCUGAGGUAGGACUAGAUAUAUUUAAAUAGUGGAGUAGGGUGGUGUGUUUUUAGUGAGUGUAGGGUUAGAUGGUAUACAUUUGUAUUAUUAUUUUAUUGUGUUUAUUGUUUCAAGAAAAGUAUAAGCGAGUUAUACUCCAGUCUAGUAGGUGGCGGUAAUGCAAUAUUUAUUGGAUGCCAACCCCCGUUAAACCUAAUCGAAGAAGUGAUUAACACAGUCUAUUUCAUUACAGUAACAUCGUUAGGCAGGCCUGAAAUAAAUAAUAAAAAAAUGUUACUGAAUGAACCUCUUGUGGGUAGUGGCGUUCAGCUCGUCUUUUUAUACCCUGGAACAGCACUCUUAUCUCGUGAUUCAUGAUGCUGCGCAAGUGAUGUUGAAAUAUAUUCGCGCAAGUAUGAGUAGGCCUGCUUUAUCUAAUGUAAAUUCUCAAAACAGGUAAUGUGAUGUGACCACUACAGAUUGUAUUUGUGUUUUGUUUUACGACUCACAGCUCUCUGCCCUCAGCACAGCGAACAAUGAAUACUACAGGAAAAACAGCACUGUAAGCAGCCCUAAGGCAACAGAAGACCAGGUCUGGCCACCCAGGCCCAGGGAGGGUGCAGGGUUCUGGGUGUAGGGUGCCCUGGCCACUGGGCCUAUGGAGCAGAUCCACUGGGUGAGACGCCGCUGGCAGCAGCUGGUUGCCGCAGAUUCAGGUCGAGGCCAGUACUCGGCCCCUACAGCCCUACCCACCAAGAGUUCCCCAGUGCUCCACAACACACAGCUGCUCACUGGCAAACGGAGGACGGUCAUCGCCCGGCACGGACGCCACCAGCAAGAAUACCACAGCAUCUCCAAGGGAUGCCAGGGCAACAGCAUCCGCACCACCAAGUACAGCCUUCUGAGCUUCAUUCCCAUGAACCUGUUCCAGCAAUUCCACAGGGUGGCCAACCUGUACUUCCUGUUCCUGGUGAUGCUGAACUGGAUCCCAGUGGUGGAGGCCUUUCAGAAGGAGAUCACCAUGAUUCCCCUGGUAGUAGUGCUCAUCGUCAUCGCCAUCAAGGAUGCCCUGGAGGACUACCGCCGCUACCGCUUUGACCAGAAGGUCAACAACAACAUCGUUACAGUGUACAGUGGGAAACAGCAGAUGUAUGUGGACCAGCGUUGGCAGGACGUCCAUGUGGGGGACUUUGUCCGUCUGUCCUGUAAUGAGAUCAUCCCUGCAGACAUGCUGCUGCUAUACUCCUCUGACCCCCACGGCGUCUGCUACAUCGAGACGGCCAACCUGGACGGGGAGACCAACCUCAAACAGAGACAAGUGGUCAGAGAUCUGCCACGACAGGGUUCUGAGUUGACUCCAGAGAACUUCCACAGCCGCAUUGAAUGUGAGAACCCCAACAACGACCUCAGCCGGUUCCGAGGUUUCAUGGAGUACCCCAGUAAGGCUCGUGUGGGCUUACACAACAACAACCUCCUUCUGCGAAGCUGCACCAUCCGCAACACGGAGACCGUCAUAGGCAUUGUGGUCUAUGCAGGUCACGAGACCAAAGCCAUGAAGAACAACAAUGGACCGAGGUAUAAACGCAGUAAAUUGGAGCGCAGGCUGAACGUGGACGUGCUGUGGAGCGUUGUCCUGCUGGUCAUCAUGUGUCUGACUGCAGCUAUAGGCCAUGGUCUCUGGCUCAGGAACCUGAAGGACACUUCCUUUCUGAUCCCUGAUACCACGUCUCCUGCCCUGUCUGGCUUCUACCUGUUCUGGACCAUGAUCAUAGUUUUACAGGUGCUCAUCCCCAUCUCCCUGUAUGUGUCCAUCGAGAUCGUCAAACUGUGUCAAAUCUUCUUCAUCCAGAACGACGUGGACUUCUAUAAUGAGUAUAUGGACUCCAGGAUCCAGUGUCGGGCCCUGAACAUCACAGAGGACCUGGGUCAGAUUCAGUAUGUGUUUUCAGACAAGACUGGCACGCUGACAGAGAACAAGAUGGUGUUCAGGCGCUGCACCAUUGCUGGGGUGGAGUACCCCCACGAGGAAAAUGCGAGGAGGCUUGAAGUGUACGAGGAGGAUGAGGCGAUGGGUUGCUCCCAUACGCUCAAGUCACGUGCCAGCGCCAAGUCCCUGAGCUGCAAGUCACUCAGCUGCAACCGCAGCUCUGUGUCCCUGCACACACUGACAGGCCACUCUGAGGGGGAGGAGUCACCCAGCCCCACCCUGCCCCGACACAGCGCCUUCAGUAGCCCCAUGGAGAAGGAUAUAGUCCCAGACCCUUUCCUGGUUCAGAAGCUGAACUGUCUGUCCUCUCCACUCUUCCUUCUGAGGGACGCCAGUAUGGAGCUCACCUACAUCGUUGACUUCUUCAUGGCUCUGGCCAUCUGCAACACGGUAGUGGUGUCUUCUCCCAACCAGCCCCGCCAUGUGGUCGAGGUGCCUGAGGUCUCCCGUACCCCCCUUAAAUCCCUGGAGGACAUCAAGAUGCUGUUCCAGCGUUUUGGCCUCCCCCGCUUCUCCACACUCUCUUCUCCCCACACUACAGAGAGUCCUCGCAGCUUCACACGCAGGCUCUUUUCCAGGGGCAAAGCAGCCUCCUUCACCCCCAGCCCCUCCCCUACCCCCACCAAGCUGGGUACAGAGCCAGAUGGGGAGCCUAACCUUGAGGCCUCCAUCCUAAGUAUCAGACCAGGGCUGGAUGGGGUCCCUGGAGAGGAUGGGGACCAAGGGUAUGAGGAGGAGGGAGAGCGUGGCUCUUGGAAAGGUGAAGAGGACAAGAUGUUACACCUCAACCCGGGGGCCUGGAGCGGGCUGGAAAACUCAAACGGAGGCGAAGGCCCUCCCAGUGAACCUAGGGCAGAUGAACUGAUCUACGAGGCGGAGAGCCCUGACGAGGCGGCUCUGGUCCACGCGGCCAGGGCCUACCGCUGCACCCUGCAGGGACGCUCACUCGAGCGCCUUCUGGUGGAGCUGCCAGGGAUGGGCAGCCUGGCUGUGCGCCUGCUCCAUAUCCUGCCCUUCGACUCCAGUCGCAAGAGGAUGUCUGUGGUGGUCCGCCACCCGCUCACCAACCAGGUGGUGGUCUACACCAAGGGAGCCGACUCGGUCAUCAUGGACCUGGCAGAGUCACCUAAAGGUGCUGAGCAGUCAGACGGGAGACAGGGUCACAUCAGAGAACAAACCCAGAAACACCUAGACAACUACGCCAGGGAAGGCCUUCGCACCCUCUGCAUCGCUAAGAAGGUGUUGGAGGAGGAGGAGUAUGAAAUUUGGUUGAAGCGUCAUGCAUUUGCAGAGACCAGUAUAGAGAACAGAGAGGAGCUUCUACUGGAGUCUGCACAGAGACUGGAAACCAACCUCACGCUACUGGGGGCAACAGGGAUUGUGGAUAGACUGCAGGAAGAGGUGCCAGAGACCAUUGAGGCACUACAGAGAGCAGGGGUCAAAGUAUGGGUCCUCACAGGGGACAAACAAGAGACUGCCAUAAAUAUCGCCUGUGCCUGCAAACUGCUUAGGACCACAGACCAACUGCUGACUGCUAACUGUGAUAGCAAGGAGGCCUGCAAGGCCUUGUUGCUGGAGCUGCGGGCGGAGGUAGAGCGUGGCGAGGCAGCUGAGGGCACGUCAGGCUUCACCCUGGUGGUGGACGGGCGCACACUGGACUUCGCCCUGCAGGAGGACCUGAAAGGGGACUUCCUGGAGCUGAGCCGGCGCUGCAGGGCCGUGGUCUGCUGCCGCUCCACUCCACUUCAGAAGAGCCAUGUGGUACAACUGGUACGGGACCAGCUCCGAGUCAUGACCCUCGCCAUAGGUGAUGGCGCCAAUGAUGUCAGUAUGAUCCAGGUGGCAGAUGUUGGCAUUGGGAUAUCUGGCCAGGAGGGCAUGCAGGCUGUGAUGUCCAGUGACUUUGCCAUCUCCAGGUUUAAACACCUCCGCAAGCUACUGUUGGUCCAUGGCCACUGGUGCUACACACGCCUGGCCAACAUGAUUCUCUACUUCUUCUACAAGAAUGUGAUGUAUGUGAAUCUUCUGUUCUGGUACCAGUUCUUCUGUGGUUUCUCGGGGAGCGUCAUGACCAACUCCUGGGUGCUCAUCUUCUUCAACCUCCUCUUCACCUCCGCCCCUCCCCUUCUCUACGGGAUCCUGGACAAAGACGUGUCUGCAGAUACCCUCAUUAAGUUACCGGAGCUCUACAAAUCCGGACAGAAUUCCAAGGCGUACCUCCCUUCUACCUUCUGGCUGACGAUGCUGGACGCUCUUUACCAAAGCCUUGUCUGUUUCUUCAUUCCUUACUUUGCAUAUGCAGGGUCAGAUGCAGACAUGCUCUCCUUUGGGUCUCCCAUCAACGCCUCGGCCCUCCUCAUCAUCCUACUACACCAGGUCAUCGAGAGCCGCACACUGACAUGGCUACAUGUGUUAGUGCUGGUGGGUAGUGCUCUCUUCUACUUCUCUUUCACCCUGGUCUUCAGUGUGGUGUGUGUGACGUGUAGUCCCCCCACCAAUCCCCUUGGUGUGGACAAGCUACAGAUGUCCCAACCACUCUUCUAUGGAGUAUGUGCCCUCACCACCGUGCUGGCACUGCUACCAAGAUUCCUGUUCCAUGCAUUGCGCAACAGCAUCUCCCCCUCUGACACACUGAAAGCUGCUCUGAUGGACCAGCUCAACCCAGACAACUACUGUAGGAGGAUGCAGCACUGGAACCAGACCCAGGCCCAGAGUAAAGCCAGGGGUCUCAUCAUCAAUGUGGAAGACUUGGACAUCAAGAUCCCUGACUUUAUACUCCCUAAAGAGCUGAAGGAAUGCAGAGCUGCCACUGGCUCUGUGCUCUCCUGACCUCAGAGGCUACAGGAGGUGGCUACAAUAGAAAGAAAAGAAUAGUCCCCAUUCAAGUCAUUGAUGGCAUAAUUGGUAGCCAUUGUGAGUGUACUCUUAGGAGCAAAGAAGGAAGUAAAAGCUGGAAGUGUACCCUU